CCACUCACUCAUCAGUCGUUAAUUGAUAAACGCAGUUACUUCGUCCAUUCACUCGUGGGCACAUCAGAUCGACACGGACGAAGGGACCGACGUGACGCACCACAAAGAGUCAUCAUCGUGGAUAGAAAGAGAAAAGAGAUCAGAUCGCCGGUGUCACAUAGAUGUCACAUGUCACGGGCACCCGUGUGUGUGCGGCGCAGGGAGAGAGAGAGAGAGGCAGAGAGGCAAUUAAGGCAAGAUCAAGAAGAGCGAUGAUACGCACACUCUCACGCAGAAAACCACACCUCACGCAGCACCGCUACCCUUUCCCACCGUCUGUACACCCGUCAGUAGACCCCCGUGCCCACCCUCCCCGCCUCCCUCCCUGCCCACACACAGCGCUCCCACUUUGACCUCCCCGCCGCGCCGGCUGUCUGUGUGUGUGUCAGGCGGCGAGGUCGGGGAAGCACUCGUCGACGGACUUAUUGGGAUGCUUGCUCCUGGCGUGCUCGACGGCACAUCCGCCCUGGGUCUUCAUGAACGGCUGCCGACACACCUGCACACACAACACAGCACAACACAACACAACACACCCAUUCUCCGUUUCACUGACACCACACUGGUGUGUGUGUUUGCUGCUGGUCGUCUUACGCUGCAGAUGAGAGUGAGUGACUUCUCGUUCUGCUUCAGCUGGCUCUUGCCCUCCUUUGGCGCAUUCUUCUCGUUCCUGGCGCGCUUCUGCUCGGCUUUCUGAACACACACACGACGACACACACACGACACACAGGAUCACAGAAUCUGCUCGCCUGCCUUGGCAAUCGCUUACGCAUCCGUUGCUGCGUCCCAUAGUCAGUGCUCAACGACAAUCAAGACGACGCGAUCGGGUAGUACUGUGUACA